AUGUUGGCUGAAACCCCUGGAGCGGUGGCGGGGUGGCUCAUCUCGAUUUUGAGGGUGUCUCGUUGCCAGCUGUGUCGCAAAGCACUCAAUACCAACCAAGCUUCAGACAUCUACCAUGCGACGAGUGUAUCGUGUACAACCCGGCACAGGUUCGACAGCGAUGGAAGGUUGGCCGGCACGCAAGAUCACCAGAAGAGAUCGGAUCGAGCACAUCCGCCCUUUGCCAAACUGUCGACGGCCUGGACACGCUGCACCCUGUGGCCCACCGUCACACGUCCCGCAAUGCGGAACGGUCCGAAGGCUGAUUUCUCCGGGUGGCUGAACGAGGUCAAAGUCAGGGCCGACUGA